AUAAUAAUAACAAUAAAAUGUUAGCAAAAUUUUUUGUUUAUUAUUUAUCAUCGUCAAUUUUGUUUAUAACAAUAAUUACUAAAUGUAUAAACUGUGCCAAAGAUGAUAAAAAAGACCCGGUACCAAAAAUAUGCCAUGAGCUACCAUGGGUUGAACGGCAGGACUGGGGUGCCCGUCCAUCGAAACUAGAAUCGCUACCAUUCAGGCCACUACCUGUGCAACACGUAUUCAUACAUCAUACGGACAGUAUGGCCGGCCAGUGUCUGAACAAAACACUAUGUCUGGCGGCUGUCAAACAACUACAGGCCCACCAUAUGGAUCAGGAAGGUUGGGACGAUAUUGGUUACAACGAUAUCAUUGGCGGUGACGGUCGUAUCUAUAUGGGUAGGCCAUGGUUUACACCCGGUGUCCAACCCUUGGGUCUGGAAGAUAAGUCCCUGACGUUGGCACUGGUCGGCCAGUACGACAACAAUGAACCAACACCGGCAAUGCUAGCCGUGGCACGUAUGUGGCUGAACUGUACCCAGGGUCUGGGUGUAUUGGCCGGGGACUAUCAGCUACAUGGACACAGUGACCAAUCGUGUACCAACAGCCCGGGUCAACGUGUGUACGAUACUAUUAAAACGUGGCCACAGUUUCAAUCGGGACCAUUGGAUACCUACCAGUGUCCGGAUAGUAAAAAAUCGGGCGGAUCGGCUACUAAAAAACCAACUAAACCUACUGUUACUGCUACUACUACUACUGCUAAAGCUACUACUAAAGCUACAGGUGCUAAAAGUGGUGGUAAAGUUACUACUGCUAAAGCUGCCGGUGCUGCUACUACAACAAAAAAAGCUAGUAUUACUACUACUACUACUACUGCUAAAAAAGCUAGUAUUACUACUACUAAGCCUAAAAAGUAGAUCAACUACUACUGCUAACUAUUUUAAACUACCUGAGCGCUACUAAUUGUUUAAUGUACCUUAU